AUGGCUGACGGUAACGCGACUACCGGGCUCGAGCAGGCCGUCGCUGGCACGCAUUUAGACGAGGUCACUGGAGAGAAGGUGUCCAAGUCCGAACUCAAGAAGAGACAGAAGCAGAGACAGGCCGAAGAGAAGAAGCGCGAGAAGGCUGCUGCUGCGCCGCCUAAGGCCGAGAAGAAGGGCAAUGUGGAAGCAGACGAGAGCAACUUGACCCCGAAUCAAUAUUUCGAGAUUAGAAGCGGCCGGGUGAACAGAUUAAGGACGUCUAAGGAUCCCAACCCCUACCCGCACAAGUUUCAAGUCAACACCGAUCUACGUCAAUUUGUCACCAAGUAUAAGGACUUCAAGCCUGGUCAGCACGAGAAGGACACAGAGAUCCGAGUAGCUGGGCGCGUCUACGUCAAGAGAGCUUCGGGCGCCAAGCUUGUGUUCUAUGAUAUCCGUGCAAAUGGAGUCAAGGUUCAGAUCAUGUGUCAGUCGCAGGAGGCCAAGAGCGAUAUGCCCUUUGAGAAGCAACACGAGCCUCUCCGUCGCGGAGACAUCAUUGGCAUCGUCGGCUACCCGGGACGGACAGCACCCAAGAAUCGUCCAAAUGAAGGCGAGCUGUCCGUCUUUGCUACAGAAGUCAUCCUGCUCACACCCUGUCUUCAUCAAAUCCCCUCAGAGCAUUUUGGCCUCCAGGACGUCGAGACGCGCUUCCGUCAGCGCUAUCUCGAUCUCAUCAUGAACGACAAGUCCCGCAACAUCUUGAUCACCCGCUCCAAGAUCAUCACCUAUAUACGGAGGUACUUCGACUCGAACGGCUUCGUUGAAGUGGAAACACCAAUGAUGAAUGCCAUUGCCGGUGGCGCAACAGCCAAGCCUUUCGUGACACACAUCAACGAGUACGACACAAAUCUGUUCAUGCGCAUCGCUCCUGAGCUCUACCUGAAGAUGCUGGUGGUGGGUGGUAUCGAACGGGUUUACGAGAUUGGCAAGCAGUUCCGCAACGAAGGUGCAGACUUGACACAUAAUCCCGAGUUCACUACGUGUGAAUUCUACGAGGCAUACGCUGACAUGUACGACGUCAUGAAGCGAACAGAGGACCUAGUCUCUGGACUGGUCAAGGAAGUUACUGGUGGUCUGGAAACCAAGUUCACUACACAGACCGGCGAGACCUAUAACGUCAACUGGGCCGCUCCUUGGGCGCGUGUCGAGAUGAUACCUGAGCUUGAAAAGGCUUCCGGCGAAAAGUUCCCGCCCGGCGAUCAGCUUCAUACGCAAGAGACCAACGAAUUUCUCAAGAAGAUUCUCAAGAAGCACAAGAUCGUAUGUCCACCACCUGAGACGAACGCCCGCAUGAUAGACAAGCUUGUCGGCGAGUGGAUCGAAGAGAAGUGUGUCAACCCUACCUUCAUCAUGGGUCACCCGCAGAUGAUGUCACCACUAGCCAAGUACCAUCGAACAAUACCUGGUCUCUGCGAGCGUUUCGAGGCAUUCGUUUGCAAGAAGGAGAUCGCAAAUGCGUAUACCGAGUUGAAUGAUCCAUUCGACCAGCGACUUCGGUUUGAGGAGCAAGCGCGACAGAAGGAUGCAGGCGACGACGAGGCACAGCUGAUAGACGAGAACUUCUGCACGUCGCUUGAGUUUGGGCUGCCACCGACUGGUGGUUGGGGUAUGGGUAUAGAUCGACUGGUCAUGUUCUUGACGGACAACUACACAAUUCGUGAAGUUUUGGCUUUUCCCUUCAUGAAGGAAGACAAGAAUGCGAAGGAGACGCCGUUAGCUGCCGAAGUGGUGGGUAUCGAGCCAGCGCCUGCCCUUGAGGACUUGCCACGACCGUGA